AUGGAAUUUGGCAAUGCGGUCGAGAAAGAGUUGCAGAAAGAGGGUGUUUGGGUGCCAUCAACUCCCGUAAAACCUGUUGAGGUGAGGCCCGGGUUGGAGUCCGGCAACAGGGGAUUUUUGGUUCAAAGUGGUUCACCAAGCAGAUUGCAAGAGGCUGGGAAUAUUAAUGCCACAAUUGCCACAGAUAAGAACAAAGGUUUAUACAACUGGGAGGAGGCGGUGUUGGCUACGAGAAAAGCGGCUGCCAAAUCAGAUUUUAUAGAUUGGAAUAAGAGAAAUUAUAAUGUAGACGAUGUAUUAGUUGGGAACCAAAGAACAGAUAAUCGUAAUGAAACAUACACCUGUGUGGGUUAUUGCAGCAGUUCUGGAGUUUUGGAGGGGGUGAAAUGUGGAGAGAGUACUGCUGAUGUGGUUGAGAAGAGUUGUUUCACCGUUUCAGGGAGUUUGAGCUGUGGUUUUGAUGAGUGUGGUGCGAAACUGGCAGGUAUGGACAAUACUAGCUUCGUAGAGGUUUUGGUUUUGCCUGAUAAAAGUUCUUUAGCCUCUGAAACAUCUGAAAUUUCAACAUCAGAGGUUGUGGUUGAUGGAAUGUCAAGUCUUCCGUGUCCUGCUUCGGAUUUUGAAACUGAGAGCAGCAUCAACACACCCAGAACUUUGGGAAAGACAGAUGAGAUUGUGCAUCAACAAAGAGAGAAGAAUGAAGCACCUUGCUCAGGGAAUGAAAGCAACAAGCUCCAUGUUAAUGAAAACUCACAGGACAACAUUGAAUCAUCUUCUUUCACAGUAUUAACUCCAUCAGAGAAGCAAAAUGCAAGAAAGAGACAGAACAGUGGCAUAGACUUGAACAAGAAGCCACGACAAAGACCCAGCGUGAGAAAACAUAGACCAAAAGUAGUAGUCGAAGGCCAACCCAUAAAAAAUCCAAAAUCUUGUCCAUCAAAGCUUUCGACUUUAAAGCCUCAGACUGUCAAGCCUUCAUCUCGAAAACCUCAAACUCCAAAACCUCUAACUCCAAAACCACGAACUCCGAAGCCUUCUACUCCGAAACUUCAGACUCCAAAGCCUUCAACUCUAAUGCAUGCUAUUUCCAAGAGAAGUCCACAUAAGAAGAAAUACAUGAGGAAGAAUAGCCACGAAGUCUUGGCCAAUACUUCAGAAGAUGCUGAUGAGCAAGCAUUUGAUAUGAAUCCUCAAUAUUCUACAAUAUCAUGCAGGCGAGCUUUGAAUUUUAACUUGGAAAACCAGGUGAGAGAUGAUGAUGAUGUUAGGGAAAUUGUAAAUUUAAACAUAAGUCCAAAUGAGAAACAAAAUUGCAUAUCAAAAAAUUGCCUUAAAGCCUCAGCAAAGCCCUCUGAAGAUGUUAGUCAAAUAGUUGAUCAAAAUCCUGAAGACAGAGAAAAACCAUGCUUGCAGGCUCAGAGUUGUAAUUUGGAAAAAUCAUGCAUUGAUGGGAAAGUAGUUGUUCAAAAUCCUGUACAUGCUGAAAAGUUAUAUUGGCAAACUCUGAAUGUCAACUUGGAAAAGCAUGGUCGUGAUGAAAAAGAUGCCAGAAAAAUUGUUCAUCAAUAUCAACGUAGAAGUAAGAGUGUAGACAAAUCCUUGUGCAACUUAGACUUCAACCAAAAUUUGGAAUCUCAGGAGGUUGGCAAUGAUAUCAACAAUGUGAAGUCCAAGAAGGGCAACAAGCAGAUGGCUGGAAACCUGGCAGGCAUAGCAUAUGGUAAUACCCAUGCUGAGAGUUGCUCACAGACAGACAAGUCACUGGCAGAAAGAGUGGGUGCAACUCACCAGAAGGAUCUCUGUGCUACUAGCACUACUCAAACUGGUUGCAAGUACAAUUCCUUGCAUGUGUAUCAAAGAAGAUCCCAGCGAGAUCAAUGUCUAAAAUAUAGCAGGAAACUUGGACCAAAUUUUCCAAGAAAAUACAAGAAAAUAAGGACGAGGCGGCGAAAGGCAACCAUACCAAAUGCUUUCUGGUCUAUUAUAGCUGCAGAUGAUGGUCAGAGAGAGGUGAAAGCACAAAAGAGGAAAAAAGUGACUGUCAGCCUUAGUACAUCAAGAAUCAGCAAGAGAAUCAGUAAGAAAGGAUUGUCUCAGCAAUUGACCCAAACAACGGCAGCAGUUGAAGAUCCAGAAUCUUUUAAGGGUUUGCUCCUGGGCUUGUCCCCCCUGGUAAAAGUUAAAAGGAAGAGAUCCAAGGGGCUUCGUCAAAGACGCAACUUCGUUUCCCCAGUGGCAAAUUCAGCCACAGAAGAACAAACCAAGGCAGCAAUUGAUGAAGCAGAAUUGCUCAAGUGUGCUCUGACCUUGCACCAGUUGAAACAUUUAGAAGGAAGACAUCCAAGAGAUUUACUGGAAGGCACAACAUAG